GGGAGUGGCGCAGCGUGUGUUGUUAGAGACGGGGUGUGGUAAUGCUAGCUCGGUUGGGAGUUUGGCGAGCUGUCCGUAUUGGCGUGAGGCGGAGGAUGGUGGCGGCGGGUGCGGUCGGCGCGCGGGCGAUGGCGGCGGCGGCGUGGAUAGAUGAGACGGCGGUAGUCGGCGCUGGGGUUCAGGUGCAUCCGUCUGCGGUCAUCGGGCCGGGAGUCGUGGUGGGAGAUGGUGCAGUGAUCGGGCCUGGAGUGGUGAUCGAAAACGCGACUCUCGGCGAGCGGGUGAUGGUCGAAGCCGGGACAGUGAUCGGAGCGCGCGGGUUUGGGUAUCUUCCGCGGGUGGAGGGGGUGGAGGGCGAGGGCGAUGCGUGGACGGUGUACAAGCCACAAGAGCUGAGCGUAGUGGUCGGCGAUGAUGUGCAUCUCGGCGCCAAUGUGACGGUCGACCGCGGGUCGUGGCGCGAGACCGAGAUCAGGAGCGGGAGCAAGCUUGACAACGGCGUGCACGUGGGGCACAACGUGGUGAUCGGCGAGGGGACGCUCAUUGCGGCGCAGAGUGGCAUUGCUGGCUCGUGCACGAUCGGGCGGGAAGUGCUGUUGGGCGGACAAGUCGGAAUAGCACAGCAUCUGGUGGUGGCCGAUGGGGUGAGGGUGGCGGGCAAGUCAGGGGUGCUGAGCGACUUGUUGGAGGCUGGCGCGGCGUACGGCGGGUACCCGGCAGUGCGGAUCCGCGAGUUCCACCGGAUGCAUGCGAUGGCUAAGCGGGGAGUGGAGCGGACAGGCGGAGGGAGCGAGUAACAUGAUUUCAUGCGGUGG